CUUUUCUCAAAUAUGUACAGCCCGGUGUGGACCUCACGGUUCUGCUGAACAACAUACAGGCUGAGUAGGAAGCCCUGGCCAAGCAGAACCGCAGGGAUGCCGAGGCCUGGUUCAAUGAAAACAGUGCUUCACUGCAACAGCAGAUGUAUGAGGAUAUGGGAGCCACCACCUCAGCCCAAACACUGGAAAUUGAACUUCAGUCUCUCCUAGCCACGAAACACUCCCUGGAGUGCUCCUUGACAGAGACCAAGGGCAACUACUGUGUGCAGCUGGCCCAGAUCCAGGCUCAGAUUGGGGCCUUGGAGGAACAGCUGCACCAGGUCAGGAUGGAGACCGAGGGCCAGAAACUGGAGUAUGAGUAGCUCCUGGACAUCAAAGUCCACCUGGAAAGAGAAAUCGAGACCUACUGUUUCCUCAUCGGUGGAGAUGAUGGGGCUUGUGAGUCCAAAGGUUACAAGUCUAAAGAUUAUGUAUCUGGAAAUGUGGGAAACCAAAUCAAAGAUCUGGCCAAACCCAUAGUGAUUAAGAAAGUCCUUGAGGAGGUAGACCAAAGCAGCAAAAUACUUAUCACCAGGCUCCACUCCCUGGAGGAGAAAUCUCAAAGCAAUUAAUUUGAUACACAAGAGAGAGCAUAUGCCAAAUACUCUCUGAGAAGAGAAGGUGUUUUAUAUCUGUCUGGAAAAAUGAGCAAGCCUAAGAAAAAGGUCUGUCCUCUUGCCUUUCUGUUACUGAAAUAUAACCUUUCUCUGGGCAAUCAAUAGCAUUAUCAAUAACAUCUUUGCAUUCAUUUGGAAGAACGUCAUGUACAAAUGUGAUGACUCAUUUGAUUACCUUACAGAAAAUG